GCCACUAUGUGGUUGCUGGGAUUUAAACUCAGGACCUUUGGAAGAGCAGUCAGUAUUCUUUCCUGCUGAGCCAUCUCACCAGCCCCUCAAAGCCACUCUUUAUUGGGGUGGAAAGAGAAGUAGUAAAAGGCUUAUAACUGGGAGAAUUACAUCCCCACCCCUCAUGAUAGGAGUGGCAGAAUAUUUCAAAUUAUUAUCCCAUCGUUCCUAAGAGAAAUGUUGUUUUAUGGGUAGGAGCUCAAAGAGUGUAUUUGAAUUGCCAAACAUUCUACCCAACAAGGUCUGCUCUGACUUUGAGAAAGUCAUUUAACCCAGACUUUAGUAGUCUUAUAACUAUAAAGGAGGCGGUGACAAUUCUUUGGUAGUAGUGCUUGAACAAAUUAAAUGCAAUUAAAGUACCUGUCAGUGCCUGGAAUGUGGUAAGUGCUUCUGAAAUGUUACCCUUUUAUAGCCUGACUUGAUUUAAGUGUUGGUAAGUUGAUUCUAAGAGAGGAAAGUAAGAAUUGAGGGGUACCGUGUUGUUUUUACUUAACAUCCACUUUUGGUGUAUAUAAGGUUUGUACUGCAUUAUGCCAAUUAGUGUGUAUAUAUAUAUACAUGUAUAUACAUAUACAUAUAUAUACAUAUACAUAUAUAUAUAUACAUAUAUAUAUAUAUACACAUUUCAAAUACGUUUUAGCUUUAUUUAUGUUCCCUACUUUUGCAGAGGAAAAUAGAUGAGUUCCUGUUUCAAAUAUCUGUUUGGAACUUGUAAAACCUUAUCAUUGCUUUCAGAAUAAAUGAAAUACAUAUGAAGUACAUAGCAGAUUUUUCACAGUGGAAAAAUUAUGUAACAAUAUUAUUACUAUAGGUGAAAUAUUCAGAGCUGGGUUGGUAGUCUACACAUGACUUUUAUAUUGAAUUACAGGAGGCAAAGACUUGUCUUCAUCUAGAAGACUGGCAACUCUUUUCUUUGCAGCUCUUACAUUCAUUCAUAUUCCUAAGUCUUUACCUCUUUACUAAAAUUCUGUUUUACUAAAAUACUGUUGAGUAAGGUAUGCAAGUCACACAGAAUGACUUAGAGUCUUUUAUCCUUUGUUGCCUCUUAGACUUGCCCCUUCCUAGCCCACUAAUUUAGAUAAGCUUCUCACCUUUCUGAACAUUUAUUUUUCAAAAUUGGAUCUAGACACUGAGGUUUCCUUUAGGUUGUGUAUGGAAAUAACAUGCUUUUGUAGAGCUCUUGGGAUAGUUUAUCUGAGGCCUUAUGUGUGACCAGCCAUGAAAGGCAUUUGUGUUUGAUUGUCUUGUUUCAAUAACACAAUAAAAUGAACGUUUUGGUAUGUCAGAUGGCUGUUAAAGCUUUUAAAGUUUGUGGAGUAGUCAUAUUGUUAGUUCAAAGAACUACUGAGAAUGGCUUUCAAGAUAGAGUAAUUUAGUGGCUGGAGCAUGUAGCUCAGUGCUAAAACGAUGCACAUCUAUGAUGCUGCAUUCUUUUCCAAAUACCAGGAGAUAAAGUAAUUUGGGCAAGAAAUUAUGAAACUUUAGGGUAGCAAGAACAGAGUUCAAGUAUCUUUCAUGAAUACCUGAGAGGAAAAAUUGGUAGGACUUAGCAAUGACUCAAUUUGGGACCUCAGAGAGAGGAAAAGGCUGGUACCUGAAGUAUGAAUAGAAAGAGGCAAGUGUCCAUUCUUAGUAUGGAUGUGUAUUACAGGGUACACAGAGUCUACAGAGGCCAGAAGAUGAUGUCAGCUCUUCUGGAAAUGGAGUGACAAAUGAUUGUGAGCCAUCGUGUCAGAUCUGGAAACUGAAACCAGGUCCUCUGCAAGAGCUCCAAAUGCCCCAACUACUGAACAAUCUCUACAGACCCCAGGAAACAAUUUUUGUUUGAAAAGAAAGGCCAGGAAUCUGAUAGCGGCUCAGCUUGUCUCUAAUCUACAUUGGAAUCCCGGAGAAGGCGGCUCUUAAGUCCAGUGAAGAAAUGAAUUUACCGGGAGAGUGAGGUGAAGCAGGCAAAACGUAAAUCUUCCUUCUCAGUUGUUUUAUGUGGGUCGCCAGCAGAAUAUGUGGCCCAGAUUUAAGCUAAAUUAUUCAAGUUUGUGGGAUACUAUAUGAAUCUUAAGACUGUAAUAAGGUGGCAAUGUCUCGGGAACCUACUCCACCUCUGCCUGGAGAUAUGUCUACUAGUCCUGUUGCAGAAAGCUGGUGUUACACACAGGUUAAAGUAGUGAAAUUUUCCUACAUGUGGACUAUUAACAACUUCAGUUUUUGUCGAGAAGAAAUGGGUGAAGUAUUAAAGAGUUCAACAUUUUCUUCUGGCCCAAAUGAUAAAAUGAAAUGGUGCCUGAGGAUAAACCCAAAGGGAUUAGAUGAUGAAAGUAAAGACUAUUUGUCCUUAUAUUUGCUUCUAGUCAGCUGUCCAAAAAGUGAGGUUCGAGCUAAAUUCAAAUUCUCUCUUCUCAAUGCUAAAAGGGAAGAAACAAAAGCAAUGGAAAGCCAAAGAGCAUAUCGAUUUGUACAGGGGAAGGACUGGGGAUUUAAAAAAUUCAUUAGAAGGGAUUUUUUGCUUGAUGAAGCUAAUGGUCUCCUUCCAGAUGACAAGCUUACAUUAUUCUGUGAGGUGAGUGUGGUCCAAGAUUCAGUGAAUGUAUCAGGACAUACAAAUACAAACACUUUGAAGGUGCCACAGUGUCGACUAGCAGAAGACUUAGGUAAUCUCUGGGAAAACACAAGAUUUACAGAUUGCUGCUUUUUUGUGAGAGGAAAAGAAUUCAAAGCUCAUAAGUCUGUGCUUGCAGCUCGAUCUCCAGUUUUUAAUGCAAUGUUUGAACAUGAAAUGGAAGAAUGCACAAAGCUCAUCCCUUCAUGGAGUGCAAGUCUUCUUGUGGACGAGGCCAGUUUACUUGUAAAUCGAGUGGAAAUAAAUGAUUUAGACCCUGAGGUUUUUAAAGAAAUGAUGAGAUUUGUUUACACAGGAAAAGCACCAAAUCUUGAUAAAAUGGCUGACAACUUGUUGGCAGCUGCAGACAAAUAUGCACUGGAACGGCUGAAGGUCAUGUGUGAAGAAGCUUUGUGUAGUAACCUCUCAGUAGAAAAUGUUGCUGAUACCCUUGUCCUUGCAGAUUUGCACAGUGCAGAACAGUUGAAAGCCCAGGCAAUAGACUUUAUUAAUAGGUGCAGUGUUCUUCGACAACUUGGGUGUAAGGAUGGGAAAAACUGGAACAACAACCAAGCAACUGACAUAAUGGAAACAUCCGGGUGGAAGUCCAUGAUUCAGUCUCAUCCUCAUUUAGUGGCAGAAGCCUUCCGAGCCCUAGCGUCUUCACAGUGUCCACAGUUUGGUAUUCCACGCAAAAGGUUAAAGCAGUCUUGAGUCUUCCAUGGACAAUAGGAAAUUUAUUUGCCUUUACUCCCCCAGGUCCCGAAGAAUUCCAAUACAAACCAUAAGCAACAGUUGUUUCUGUCUCUUGUCCACAGAACAGAAGCUGGAAAGGCAUAUUGCUUGCUUUUACAUGGAUAAUUUAUGGUUUAUACUUCAGCUUUAAAUCUGACUGAUUAAUUCACUUCAAGGCCUUAAAUUGUCUUCAGUGACUUCUCUUGUUCAUAUAAUAGUUUAAUUUGUUUUUUAUUGUGCCUUGUCAGUUUGCCAAGGCUAUGCAGGAUUGCACUAGCUCCACAAUGCAGUAAUAUUGAUAACUGAUGAUACUGAGUUUAAAGGAUCUUCCAUUAUUUUAGGAACAAAAGAAUUUUAUAGGCUUUGUUCUAUAUGAUCUCCAAGUAUAAAACUAGGUUCUAUUGGAUUUGGAGAUUGCUAGAGGCACCUCCAAUAUCAGUUGUAUAGACACUAAAGAGUCUGUUACCAUCCAGGUAAGUGAUGGCCAUACACUGCUCUGAUUUAAAUUAUUUUUCAAGGGGCAGAUAAGCAAUGAAUUGGCCUAAAAUUUUAGUAAUAUUUAUAGUGUUUGUCUGUAUAUUAACUGUUCAAGAAACUGGGUUUAUGCACAUUUGUAAAGAUUGAAAAAUAUAAAGUUAAGAUUUCAAUAAAAAGAAAGCAUGGUUUUUGUUAAUGUUUUAAAUUUAUAAUGACUUACAUUUGAAAGAAAAAUUCAAUAGAUGUUAAAGUCAGGAUGAACAAGUACAUGUAAUGAGUGAGUGGGCCAAUUAAGAAAGAUGUAUGUGCACUUUUAAUGUGGAAAUUUUCUAUGAUAAAUGGUACAUAUAUAUUUUCCUUUUGUGUGGAUUAAUAAGAUUUUAAUUAUGUUUUAACAUUUAGAAGAAGUUUUUAUGACACAUGGAGCCAACUUGGAUAUUCAUGAUAAUAGAUAAAAUUAUGCUUUAUUUUAGAUACAUUGACUUGGAUUUCAAAUAUUUUUCAUUGAGUUUAUUACAGUUUUAUUACAUUUGGGGAAGGCACCUAUCAAAUGAGUCCUGUAUAGUCUGCUUCUUUUCAAAUCAAUUAACAGAUAAUAUUUGCCUGUGCAAGAUGUGUGGGAAAGCAGAAAACCCUCUGAGAAUGUGUGUAGCCACACUAGGAAACUUAUUUUCUCCUUUGUGACUCAGUUACUAACUUGGCAGAUUAUAGAAAUUUUGCAUAAUGUGAAUAGGAUAAAUGUUACCAACUGUUUUUUAGUGAGCCAGGUUUUUUAUGUUUUGUUUUGUUUCGUUUUUCAUUAAAGUUUAGCUUUAAAUAUACAAAUGUUUUGUGUUUAAUAGUUGUGAGAUCUGUUGUGAUGCAUUGUUCUAGAAAAGCAGGAGUGGUCAGUGUCAGAUCAUAGUGACUGAAGCACUGAUGAUGUGCUCUCUUCAUGAAGACGGAGCGUGAUACUGGAAAGACAGGUGUAUGUGCCUGUAUUUGCAUAUAUAGCUUUAUUCCCUGUAUUAAAAUUUGUGUAAUUUAUUAUAAAAUUUGAGAAAAAAGUAAGCAUAUUGUUUUAAAAUAGACUUUUUAACUACAGCUUUUUAGCUCUUAACUGAAACACUCUUAAAAUACAUGGAGAAAAUACUGUCAAAUAAAUAUUAGUUAUCAAGAGGAAACAAGCAAAGAUUGCAUUUUUAGAUAUUUUAGUUUUGAUUCUUUGUUGUGUUAAAAUAGUAAGAAUUAUUUGGGAUAGAAGAAAAUUUUUCAACUGACAGUGGGCUUCACCCUAUAUAAGAGAAUUAUGAACAAAAGUUUAUUCCCUUAAUUUCAUCAUAAUAAAAACUCUGUUACAUUAACAGUGUAAACUUUUAAACACACACACACACAAACACACUUUUAAUACAAGAUAUGUUCAUGGUCUAACAAAAAGCAAAGAUUCCACUCAGCAGGUGGAAUAUAUUGUCAUAAGUCAUAAAAACACUGACGUCUAUGUGCAACACAUUGUAAAUUGAUUCAUUGGUUUGGUCUACAUUUCUAACCAUGGUGAAAGCAGUAGUAAUGCUGUAUAAUAAACAUUAUAAAUGUUUAUUGAUAAUGUUCACAAUUUUCUUACACAGUUUUGGUUUUACUUUGCUAACAUAUUUUCUACCAAAAUUUCCCAACACUGUGCUCUAUAUUUAUCACCAUUUGCUGAAAUGCCCACUUUUUGGAUGGUACAAUACCAACCAUUACACUCACAGAGUCAUAGAAUCUUUUCUCUCUCUUUUUUUUUAAUGUAUAUUUUAGUAGUUUUGUUUCUUGAGUGUGAUAAAAAGCUGUUUAUUUUCUUCUUGGAGUAGCGUAAUUGCAUUUUCCCCAUUCACUAAUUUUUAAACUAUAUACAACUUGAUCAAAAUAGGUACAAUUUCUGCUUAAUGCAAUCUUUUUUGUUUUAAGUUAGCAGUUUGCUCCUAUUACAUUUUAGCCACCUAAACAACACUUUUCUCAGAACACAAUGAGUGGUUUUAAAUAUUACAAUUUAAAAAUAUAUCUAUUGGAAAGCUGUUCUUUAGAGUAAGACUUAGAAGUACUAUAUUUGUGCCUUUUUCAUUGUUUUGCUUUUAAUGUGUUUUGAUAUUUGGAGCACAAAUAUGAAGGUGUCAUAAGAUGGCUUGCUAAUGUUACCUCCUUAAAUACUUUCUAUAUUACUAUCUUCAAAUAAUAAUUGAAGAACCUUGAAUGAAAUACGGUCCUUUGUGUGAGAUAUAUAUGUGUUUAUAUUUUCUUGGGCUGUGUGUAAUAUGUUUCAAAAGUGAAUUUAUGAAAAUAGAACUUAGUUAAAUAUGCUGAAAGUUCAGAUUUAUUGAAGUACCUUGUUUAAAUGUGCUUUAUUUGAAAAGACAGUGGAUGGCCAGAAGACAGUGUAAUCCUCAAAAAUGUAACCAGCAUUCUGCAUUAUGAAAUAUGAAAAUAGUGCCGUUUUAGGAUAUCAAGGAUAAUUAAAUUUUAAAAAUAAUUGUUUUAAAUAUUUUUAAAGUGUUGUAAACAUUAUUGUUUUAUUUUUUAACUUGAUCUAAUUGAGAGUUUAAAUUUUCAGAAAUAUUAAUUUGCUCAUUUAAAACUUUUUACAUGAAUUCUAAGUAGAAGUUUUUAUAUGAAAUUAUAGAUAAGAGCUUCAGAUAUGGCUCAGUGAUAGAGUGCUUAUGAAUAUUUGUGAUCUGUAGGUUGCAUCUAUAGUAACACCAACACACAAAAAGAUGGGAUUGUAGAUACUAUUCAUUGUUAGAAAAAUACAACAAAGACUUUGGUAAGUUUUAUGAAAAUUUCACUCAGCAGUUUUACUACAUGAAGAGGUGAAACAAUCUGUCUUGCACAUGCCUGGUAUUUGAUGGUUAUAAGUGUUUGCUGUGUUCUUGAGAGAGGUGAGUGGAUGAGCGAGUGGGUUUCAUUGUUCUCAGAAAAUAAAUACAGCACUUUCAGCACACAUGAGAAUAUUUUACAAACCUUUUUAUAUAGAGAUUGUGAACUCUAACUUAAGUGUUCAUGGAAUGAUAUAAAUGUUGGCUAUUUCUAGCUGAAAAAAAUACUGAGUGCCUCCAAUGCAAAACUUCUUUACUAGGAAUGAAAUCAAGCUGUAUCUUCUGUUGUAUGUAAAUUUAUGUCUGAGAAGGAAUACUUAUUUUUAAAUACUUUCCUGUUAGUAAAGCUUAUUGUAUACUAUAACUAGUUAAUUUAGCGUUGCUUACAGAUGAAUUGAGUCCAUUUUUGGAAAGAAAGUUCUUCUAAAAUUAUUUAAUUAUUAGUUCAGAAAGAGGUUGACUUUUAAGACUCAGACCUCUAGCAUUUAAUCUUUAUUUAAUCCAUUUUAUGAUAAGAUACCACUAUUUGUAUUAUUGUUGGAAAUAGAUUUUGUGUUUCAGCACGUUGAGUUAAAAUAAAAUUGUUACUACUUAUUCAGAA